CAGCGCUGGUCUACUCGCCAGGAAGGCGGCGUCAGCAGCGGCUGCUCACGCUGUGUCUACUCCCGCGCGCGCAGCGCUCCCGCCGCGGGUGGGCUCCUCAGCCCUUGGCUGGCGGUGGCCCCAGCCUUGCGGCGGCCUCUGUAUCCCACCUUCCCACUGCGGGGACGUCCCGGCACGUGCAAUCCUUCUUUGGGGUGUUCUUGGUUCCCACGCGCAGCUACUAAGCAGAGGGUACCCAACUUUGCCACCUCACCGGUCGCCCUCUCUCGGCGCGAGCCUGUCCACUCAGCUGCACAACUGGAGUCUCCGGCAGGCGAGCUGGUCCCCAGCCUGGCGCGCUGCGAGAGGAGGAUAGCUCUGGAGAAGUGGCGGGGUGCAGUGGUGGCUGCUGCCUCGACUUCCCUCGUAGCGCACUGAAGAGGACCCUUGGAGCAGCUCCGGGCCCCGGGGCGCUGGAUGACUAGCAGGAGGAACGCGCCCCGCAUCUGGGCUGGCGUGUGACAUCUGGGCUUGGGUGCCCAUGUGGCCGUGCAGUUCAGCGUGAUUCAUGAAGGAGGCCACAUCUCUCUGCCCUCUCUCUUCUUGGUACCUCUCACACAUGAGGAGAAGGUGAGCUUCGUAGAAGACACGUUCCCAGAGUCAGAGACCCCUUGCCCACCAUGAAGGGAGCCUGCAUCUUUGCAUGGCUCUUCUCAAGCCUGGGAGUGUGGAGACUUGCUCGGCCGGAGACCCAGGACCCUGCAAAGUGCCAGAGAGCUGAACACCCCGUCGUCUCCUACCAAGAAAUUGGCCCCUGGUUACGGGAGUUCAGAGCCGAGAAUGCUGUGGAUUUCUCGAGGUUAACAUUUGACCCAGGACAGAGAGAACUUGUCGUAGGAGCAAGAAACUAUCUCUUCAGACUACAGCUUGAGGAUCUGUCUCUCAUCCAGGCUGUGGAGUGGGAGUGUGACGAAGCCACCAAGAAGGCCUGUUACAGCAAGGGCAAAUCGAAGGAGGAAUGUCAGAACUACAUACGAGUGCUUUUAGUGGGCGGGGACCGACUAUUCACCUGUGGGACCAAUGCCUUCACGCCUGUCUGUACCAUCCGCUCGUUAAGUAACCUGACUGAGAUCCACGAUCAGAUCAGCGGCAUGGCCCGCUGUCCCUACAGUCCCCAGCACAAUUCUACAGCUCUACUCACACCCAGUGGUGAGCUCUAUGCUGCCACAGCCAUGGACUUCCCAGGGCGGGAUCCAGCCAUUUACAGAAGUCUGGGCACUUUACCUCCUCUUCGGACUGCACAGUACAACUCCAAAUGGCUCAAUGAACCAAACUUUGUGUCUUCCUAUGAUAUUGGAAAUUUCACCUACUUCUUCUUCCGAGAAAACGCCGUGGAACAUGACUGUGGGAAGACCGUGUUCUCCCGGGCUGCCCGGGUCUGUAAGAAUGACAUUGGAGGGCGAUUUCUUCUGGAGGAUACUUGGACUACGUUCAUGAAGGCUCGCCUCAACUGCUCCCGGCCGGGUGAGGUGCCCUUCUACUACCACGAGCUGCAGGGCACUUUCUUCCUGCCAGAGCUGGAUCUGAUCUAUGGCAUCUUCACCACCAAUGUAAACAGCAUUGCUGCCUCUGCUGUCUGUGUCUUCAACCUGAGUGCCAUCUCACAGGCCUUCAAUGGACCCUUCAAGUACCAAGAGAACUCUCGCUCAGCCUGGCUGCCUUAUCCCAACCCCAACCCCAAUUUUCAGUGUGGCACGAUGGACCAGGGCCUGUAUGUAAACCUGACGGAAAGAAACCUACAGGAUGCUCAGAAGUUCAUUCUGAUGCAUGAAGUGGUGCAGCCGGUGACCACUGUGCCCUCCUUCAUGGAGGACAACAGCCGCUUCUCCCACUUGGCUGUGGAUGUUGUUCAAGGCAGGGACACUCUUGUCCACAUCAUCUAUCUGGCCACAGAUUAUGGCACCAUUAAGAAAGUACGGGCUCCCCUGAGUCAGAGCUCGGGCAGCUGUUUGCUGGAAGAGAUUGAGCUUUUCCCAGAGAGGAGGAGUGAGCCCAUCAGGAGCCUGCAGAUCCUCCACAGCCAGAGCGUCCUAUUUGUGGGGCUGCAGGAGCAUGUGGCCAAGAUCCCCCUGAAGAGGUGUCACUUCCAUCAAACACGCAGUGCCUGCAUUGGCGCUCAGGACCCUUACUGUGGCUGGGAUGCUGUGAUGAAGAAGUGUACCAGCCUGGAGGAGAGCCUAAGCAUGACCCAGUGGGACCAGAGCAUCCCCACCUGCCCGACAAGAAAUCUCACUGUAGAUGGGAGCUUUGGCCCAUGGUCUCCGUGGACACCCUGUACGCAUACCGAUGGUGCUGCUGUGGGAUCCUGCCUCUGCCGGUCCCGUUCCUGUGACAGCCCGGCUCCACAGUGUGGUGGCUGGCAGUGUGAGGGCCCUAGGAUGGAGAUCGCCAACUGUUCCAGGAAUGGAGGCUGGACGCCCUGGACCUCCUGGUCUCCGUGCAGCACCACCUGUGGCAUCGGCUUCCAGGUGCGGCAGCGUUCCUGCAGCAACCCCACGCCCAGGCACGGAGGGCGCGUGUGCGUGGGCCAGAACAGGGAGGAAAGAUACUGCAAUGAACACUUGCUCUGCCCACCACACGUGUUCUGGACAGGCUGGGGACCUUGGGAACGCUGCACAGCCCAGUGUGGGGGUGGCAUUCAAGCCCGCCGUAGGACCUGUGAAAAUGGGCCUGACUGUGCAGGAUGCAAUGUGGAAUACCAGCCCUGUAACACCAAUGCAUGCCCGGAGCUGAAGAAGACCACACCAUGGACGCCCUGGACGCCUGUCAACAUCUCCGACAAUGGCGGCCACUAUGAGCAGCGGUUCCGCUACACCUGUAAGGCUCGCCUGCCAGACCCAAAUCUGCUGGAAGUAGGAAGGCAGAGGAUAGAGAUGCGGUACUGUUCCAGCGACGGGACCAGCGGCUGCUCCACAGACGGACUUUCUGGAGACUUUCUAAGAGCUGGGAGAUACUCUGCCCAUACGGUCAAUGGGGCAUGGUCAGCCUGGACUUCCUGGUCACAGUGCAGCAGAGACUGCAGCAGGGGCAUUCGGAACAGGAAGCGUGUUUGCAACAACCCAGAACCCAAGUAUGGGGGCAUGCCAUGCCUUGGCCCAUCUCUGGAGUUCCAAGAAUGCAACAUUUUACCCUGUCCAGUGGAUGGUGUGUGGUCUUGCUGGUCAUCCUGGUCUAAAUGUUCAGCAACCUGCGGGGGCGGACACUACAUGAGAACCCGCUCUUGUACAAAUCCAGCCCCAGCGUAUGGAGGGGACAUCUGCCUGGGUCUGCACACAGAGGAGGCACUCUGCAACACGCAGACCUGCCCAGAGAGCUGGUCAGAGUGGUCAGACUGGUCUGUGUGUGAUGCAUCUGGUACCCAGGUCCGUGCUCGGCAGUGUAUCCUUCUGUUUCCUGUGGGCAGCCAGUGUUCUGGAAAUACUACAGAGAGCCGGCCUUGUGUAUUUGACUCUAAUUUCAUCCCAGAAGUGUCUGUGGCAAGAUCCAGCAGCGUAGAAGAGAAAAGGUGUGGAGAGUUCAACAUGUUCCACAUGAUGGCCGUGGGGCUUAGCAGCUCCAUCCUCGGCUGCCUCCUCACACUGCUUGUCUACACCUACUGCCAGAGGUACCAGCAGCAGUCCCAUGAUGCAACCGUCAUCCACCCUGUCUCUCCCGCCGCCCUCAACAGCAGCAUAACUAACCACAUCAACAAACUGGACAAAUAUGACUCUGUGGAGGCCAUCAAGGCAUUUAACAAAAACAACUUGAUCCUAGAGGAGAGAAACAAAUACUUCAACCCACAUCUCACUGGGAAGACCUAUUCCAACGCCUACUUUACAGAUCUCAACAAUUAUGAUGAAUACUAGCAGCUCUUGCACAUUUGGCUACUUGUAAAGUCUCUGCUCCUCAAAGCUGCACCCCAUGACUGCCCACGUUUCUGAGGCUUCAGAGAUGAUGUGUGGAACCAUUUCAAGUGCAUUUCAAACCAGGACUUUCCCAUCACUACCAAAAAAGCACACACUCUUAAACGCCUAAAUGUGGUGUUGUGAAAAUCUGGUCUAUAGAAAACAUCUGGUUGUUGCGAAGUGAGCCAUGGUUAUGACAUUUUGUAUUGUGCUCAUCCCAAACUCUAACUGGUCUACUGUUUUCGUGAGUUUUAUUCAUAAAUGUGCCAACCAUGUUAGAAGGUGUCUUUGGAACAUAGCAUCAUCAUGCUUUUGAGUGUAGAAGGUCAGGAUGUUUUACCUAGAAAACAAACAAAAACAAAUAACCAGGCACUUUAAGAGAUGCCUUCCCCCCACCCACCCACACACACACACACAGAGAGUCCAGAGUAAUUCACAGAAUGAAGGUGUGGCUAAUGCCAACUCCCCCAGCCUGGGUGACUUAAGUUCUUGGAAACAGCUUGUUUGUGCUUGGAGUGAUUUCUGCCCAGGAAUUCCACCUGCCCUGGAGCUGCAGAGUCAUGGUCUACUGAGACCCUCUGCUUUAGUCCUGGGUAGUGACUGUCAUCACAUGAAGCAGAGAACAGCCAGGAGACACAACAGUGUUCUGCAGUUUGCAGUGAAGCUAACCUUCCUCAGACUUUUGGAUUCCAUGUCAUCCCAAGAAGCUCCUUGCUGUGCUGUGAGCCUGAAGGCUACUCUCCUGGGCAGUGAGCUUCCUGGCUGGAGAGCCAGUCUGAGCAUUUGAGUAGACUCCACACUCUAUCCUCCCUCCCUCCGUGAUGAGAAAAUUCUUCAACAUUUAUGAUGGAAAAUAUUGAAAGUACCAAACUGUAAUUGAAAGCUACUUUUAAAAACAUUUCUUUUGUGUGUUAUGCAGUGUUUAAUUAACUGAUGUAAUUGAAAGCUACUUUUUUAUUUUUUAUUUUUGUGUUAUGCAGUGUUGUUAAUGGCUUUUUUUGUACUCAGCAUCUUUGAUGUGGCUAAUGUGCAGCAAGACCCCUAUCAAGAGCAUUAAAGGUGUGUAAAGCUGUCCCUCUGAGGCUCAGUGCAGUCACACUGGAGUGGCACUCCAGUACCACGGGCUCCUCAUUUGUCCCCCGCUGCCCCAAGACCAGAGGAGGGAAAGACUCUGGUGUCUUUUACCUCAGUUGCUGCCUACCUGUCCUCUAGCUUACUGAGUCACACUUCUGCUCCAAGACAGUAGCCAUCAAAUGUACCAUGAGAGCUAAUGGAGAAGGUCAGGGCUUCAGUGACCUCUCUCUCAUCUUGAUGGUUGAAUGUUCUAAGGCUACCCUUGAGGUCCUCAAAGGAGUAAUGAAGAGUGGUUAGCAUCUGACCUAAUGCUUUUUCAGGGUGAAACAAAGGGUUUGUCUGCACCAAUGGUCACUAAUCAUAGGCCUGAGUAGGCAGUCAUAUGUGUUCUUAUGGAUAUAUGAACUUACACGUCUAUACAGAUGUAUAGCAUGGGGAGUGAACAUUACAGGGUUUUUUUUAUGAGUAUAUGUUUUCCCCAUGGAAUAUAACGAAGCAAUCUCAGAAAAACAUUCCAAGAAAUCUUAUGAUUAAUCACAAAUUAUUCUCCUAUGAACAUAUUUUUCAGACAUAACUCUGUGUUAAAAUUGAAAUUAAAACAGCAGAUGGGCUCUGGAAGAUGUGUCAGAUUGUGAAGAAAUGACAUAUGGGAAUAUCGUGGUGGGACGUUGUGUGGCAUUUCACACACUUCUACAGUGUACAUGGCCUCCACUGCACACACACAUUUUUAAAAUCCACACUCACCAGACAGAAUGUGUCGGAUGAUUUAUUCAUUGUCUCUAGAGUAGAUUCUUAGUGCUUCGACUCAUCCCAUUACUUUCUUUUAAGAAAAGAAUAAAUCCUCCUGGCAUGGCACUAUUUUAGUGUUUUAAAAAUAAUCCCCCCUUCUUGAAUAUUUCUCUAGUUUAAAAGGUCACUUUCUGUCCCCUGGGAAGAACAGUACAAAUAUUUCAAGAACGUAUGGCUACACUUGACAGGAAAUGCUUUCUAAAUGACCUGUAAUCUGGCCUUCAUCAAUUUGAUAUAGUAACCCCACCCCAGAGUUUGAAAUAAGACAGUUUUCUGAUACCAAUAUUGCUCUUUUUAAAGUCUCGGUUUUUUGACUGCCUCAUUCUCUCUUCAAAUCCCCUCCUCCAGCCACUGGUCCUUUGCUCUUAUUUCACUGAACAAUUGGAGUGAUUCCUUAGGAAUGCCUUGAGCUAUGCUCUGGUUUCCCGCUACCUGCUGCAGCUCCUGGUGUAGUAUAUGCCACACUCCAGACCUCUCAUUAGCACAUCAGGAACACAGGCAUGCCACACACAUGUACACACACACACACACACACACACACAUUUUCAUUUCCUCCCUACUUCAUCCUACCACCCUUCUUCCUUUCCUUUAUUCCUUCUUUAUUUCCUCUCUUUUUUCCAUUUGCCUUUUGAUGAAAGAAACACACAGAGGAAUUAACAUUUUAAGCUACAUCCAGCUGAACCUGUUGCUAAAUGACAUUGAUUAAUUAUUUUCUAGAGUUAGGGUUCAAUUUUGGCUGGUUUUCAUUAGGAAACUGGCUUCAGUCACACACUUCCAUUCAUUGGAAGUUAGUCCCAGUGUUGUCUAGGGUCCUCUCUCAGAUUAGACUGUCAUCAAUCCUGCUAUGUGCUGACAUUCUGCAGAAAAAAAAGAAGAAGAGAAUUUUGGACACUGCAUAGCCACAGAUAUUUCCAAAUACUCUGGGGACCUUCUUGGAACUGGGGGCUCUGUCACCUCUGACUAGAGCUAUCUCAGUGAGUCCUAAGGAACUCUGUGACAUUGCAUGAAGCUCUGCUUCACAGAAAAACCUCUGUCAUCAUAGUCUUAGACUUUUUCUUUAAAACUACCCAAUGCAAUCUAGACACCUUUAUGCCUCUGCCCCCUUAAGACUUACUCAAUGCACCUUAGCAUCUUGGACCUGUUGUAUGCAUCAAAAUACGUAUUAAAGUAGAUUCUACCUGAAUUUACAUGUAUGUUGAUGGAACAAAAGGGGGUUUCUUGAGUACAUGAUGGAGUGACAGAGACACUAAAGGAACUAAGGAGAAGCUUUAAACUGAAUGGUUGUGAUCACAUCUGCUGUGGAGAUGUCUCUGUCCCUAGGAAGGGCCAAUCCAUGUAUUUGAUCUGGACCUUGUUAUUACUGUUAUUGCUCACAGGUAAUACUGAAGAGAAAAGAAACAGAUGUGGAAUGUAAUAUGAAAAAGCAAGGGUCAUUUUACUCUCUGCUGAUUAUCCUGCAUGCCCUGCGGUAAGGAUCUGGUCCAUAACCAAGUACUGAGUUUCUGACAUUUGGACUUAUCCAUAAUCAAGUGUCCUGGGUGCACAAGUCUUAGGCAAGGGCAUCAUUAUCUCCUUAUUUAUCUACAAAGGAAAGAAAACCACCACUGUUGAUGACACCCAUGUCAGCAAAUGUUCCACCUUAAUCAUUGAUAGAACCAGUUUUGCCUUCAAUACUGUAAGGGAUUCCACCUAUGAGCUAUGUUAUUGUGUGGCUGAAUAGCUCAAGAGAUGUUAUCCUAAAGAUUCAUCAGACUUGCACUCUGUCAGAUUUCCUAAACACAGCCUACUGGUAUUUGAAUUUGCAUAUAUCCACAUGUUUCUUUUCUGAAUAUCUUUCCUUUUCAGAAUAAACCACAAAUAUUUCCCCAACAGAUCAAGCCAAACUCCUCAUCAACUAUUACCCAGGGUCAUCAACUUGUUAAACUUUUCCUAGACUCUUCUGAGGGCCAUUCAAGUUUUAAAUCAUAUUUUGAAGUACAUUAAGUUCAGUGCUACUGUGCCUAAAGAAUUUGGGAGCUCCAAUGGGAAAUAUUAGACACCAUGUACCAAUGGGUGAUACAGUAAACUGUGUCCGCACUAGAUCAACUGUUGACAGGUUAUGUCCAAGUCUCCUGGUUCAAAAACAUCAGUUUCCAUGGAGAUAUCAAAACAGUACACUUAGGUUCCUUUGCAAAUUCUCUGGUGUUUUUCUAGUGUCUGAAGAUAGAACUGGGCAUGCCCAGUCCAUUCAUUCAUUCUUACUACUUCAUGGAGCAUCUAGAGACUUCGGCUAAUACACCAUUGCCAAUAUCCCAAAGCCUGUUAUUACCCAUGGGUAUGUGAUACUAUCUUCUAUCAGUUACCCAAGAGCAUUGUGAGUACUCUGCUUCUUUGAGAAAUGCAUAUGAAGCGGGAAAACCUAGGUUAAUGUUCUUGUUAAUGUGAGAGAUUCCACAGGGAAUGCUGUGUGAGAGAUUACUGUCCAGAACCCAGGGAUUGCUUAUCUCUGCAGCUUGUCUUUUCAGUGGUUAUCAUUAAUUAAAAUGAUGUAAGGAGAUUUUCCAAAUUCUAUAAAUACUAAUCUAUGACCUUGAGGUAGUCUCUCUGGAUAAUGUUAUGAAACAAAGGAAAUGUGUUCCUUUCUAGUUUGCUAUUGUUACUUUUAGGGAACAAAAUCCCUGUGGAUAAUGUACAAUGUUGAACAAGUGACAGAAGUUGCAAAAGUUACUCUUCCUUGUGGAUUUCAUAUCAUAAUGUUGCAUUGUCAGAAAUUUGAUAAACGUUGCUGAAGCAACAUGGAAGCCUGUCUCUUAAAAUAGUUCAGACUGCAAAGACUGUGCCCGGGUCUCCUGGAUACCAAAUUCAGAGCCUGGUACAAAGAAUAUAGUUCAUUCCAAAAGCCCAGCCCUGAAACAUGAUCUCUUUGAAAGAUGAUGUCCUGCCAUUUAUGCUUAUUAUCCAUGAGCAGAGCCUAUAUCAACUCUGUCCCCAAGCAGAAACACUUUACUGGGAAGACACUGUACACAUCACUAAACUGAUCAAGGAUACUCUUUGAUCGGAAGGAGAAAAGCAGCAAUAGGGAAUCACUAAAAUGCAAAUAAGGCAGGAAAAUCUCCACCCCUUCAUAAUCCAUCAAGGAUCUAAGCCCUGUAGAGUAGCGAUAACUCUCGUCUUUUUCUGCUUCUUGGGAAUUUAAUACCGACUGGUUCCAAUGUUAGACAAAUACAAGCAAAAGGGUAAACCUAGGCUCUGAUAAGCAAACCUGUUCUUCCAUCAUGACAGUAAAGGAGGCCCAUUAUCUGCAGAAGAUGAUAUUGACUUUCCUGUACAGAAUUGCUAGUGCCUUUUAUAAGCUAUGUGCUGUUGCUCUUCCUGGUUAGUGACGUUUGAAUUAGAAGCCAUGCUUUGGUUGUAUACACUUUGAGGACAUCUAACUCUGUGUGUCUCUUUGAACUCAGGAACAGGAAAUGAGAAAAAUGUCUCAUGUUCAAGUGUGGUCUUGCUCUCAAAAGAGAAUCAAGAGUGUGUUGUGUCCAGAUGAAGUGACCCUGUUCCAGCCUGUAAGAAACAGAUGUUGCUUUCAUUUUAACAUCUUCACAGAAAUGUAUUAGAGCCUGCCCUGUGGUGUGAGAGUCAGCUCUGUUUCUGUAGACGUCAAUGGGUCUUUCUGUUGCUCUUUAUGCACAGACAUAGGAAUGAGGGAUGCUGGCUGCUUACCGCGACAAUGCUUGUGAAAUGAGAACCAACUAGAACAUUAUUUGGGCUGUUCUGUCAUAUUUUGCAAAUCCUAUAUCAGAACCUCUCAAAAGUUCACAAGAUUAUAACUUUUCACUUGACUUUAAAACAUUAGCAGUGUCUUCUGUGCUGAAGUUGACCACUGAUUUCUGGCACUGUGACUGUGGACUCAAAUCAGCUGAGAGAUCUGCUUCCAAAGCAUGCACGGUGGGAGCCUCCAACCACUGAACCUCCAUGAUAUUCACCUGUAUGCCAAUAAGAUGCACCAGCUUUUCCCAGUGUAAGAUUCUGCAGAACCUGUGACCACUUGGUUUUGACUUUACAACUGCUAUGCUUCCUUGCCUGUUUUGUGAUAGAAAAUAAAAUUGUUUGGGAUUGUU